AAUUUGAAGCCGCUAUUUAGGCUUAAGCAUUAUCCCCCUAUCCUAAUCUAUCUUCAUCCCUAUCCUUUCUACCAAAACAUUUCCAAUUUGAUAAUGACAACCAAGAUCCACAUAAAUGUGAAAACUGCGCGCCAACCAUUUCUGUUUCUGUUUUUUUUUUAAUUAAUUUUAUUGAACAACAGUGUUGCUUCGAAAAACAAACCCCUACAUCAUCUUUCCAUCUUUACUCCAUCAUCACAAUAGAGAGUUUAUCCCUUUGUCUCCUACAAUCUACGUCCUACCCUUUACGUAGGAGAUGGAUUUUGUACAAAUAUAUAAAUGGCGCUUCCAGCCAAUUUCUUGCUGUUUCUCCCCUCGGUUCUUUCGGUUACCUUAGCUCAUUUUCUAAUCUCAUCAAGUCACUUUUUCAGCAUUUUUGAAUUUCUUGGUUUGCUCAAUCCAACUAACCGUUUCUAUCCAAUAUUUUGUGAUUCAAAAAGAAUCCCUUUUUUAUUUCACACGUUUGUAAAGAAUUUACGCUUCAUAUUGGGUUGUUUCUCUCCAAGAAACUCAAUUUCGUAGUCUGUAAGUACAGAAGGAAAAAAGGGAAAAAAGGGGUCUUUUUUGAUUUGGGAGAAAAAUGGCUGUGGGAUUGGAAGAGAGGAUUUUGGUGACAGGAGGUGCUGGUUUCAUUGGAACCCACACAGUUGUGCAGCUCUUGCGAGAAGGGUUUAAGGUUUCCAUCAUUGACAACCUUGAUAACUCCGUGGAAGAGGCUGUUCAUAGAGUCAGAGAAUUAGUUGGGCCACAAUUGUCCAAGAAUCUCGAUUUCUAUCUGGGGGAUAUCAGGAAUAAGGAGGAUUUGGAGCGUAUAUUCUCUAAAAACAAGUUUACUGCUGUGAUCCACUUUGCGGGGCUAAAAGCUGUUGGUGAGAGUGUUGCAUACCCUUUCCGAUAUUUUGAUAACAAUUUGAUUGGGUCGAUCAAUCUGUACAUGACCAUGGCCAAAUAUAACUGUAAAAAGUUGGUUUUCUCUUCAUCUGCAACUGUUUAUGGUCAACCUGAAAAGAUCCCGUGUGUUGAAGAUUUUGAAUUGAAGGCUAUGAAUCCUUAUGGCCGCACAAAGCUAUUCCUUGAAGAGAUUGCCCGAGAUAUUCAGAAAUCAGAUCAAGAUUGGAAAAUCAUCUUGCUAAGAUAUUUCAACCCUGUUGGGGCUCAUGAGAGUGGUAGGCUUGGAGAAGAUCCAAAGGGAAUCCCAAACAAUCUUAUGCCUUACAUCGAACGAGUGGCUGUUGGUAGAUUGCCUGAGUUAAAUGUUUAUGGUCAUGAUUAUCCAACUCCUGAUGGUACUGCGAUAAGGGACUACAUCCAUGUUAUGGAUUUAGCAGAUGGUCAUGUUGCUGCACUGCAGAAGCUGUUCAAACAUGAUUAUUCAGGCUGUCAAGCAUAUAACUUGGGGACUGGGCAUGGUACAUCUGUCCUUGAAAUGGUUAAUGCUUUCAAGAAGGCAUCUGGAAAGGAUAUCCCCAUCAAACUAUGUCCAAGAAGACCAGGAGAUGCAACGGCUGUAUAUGCUUCGACUAAGAAAGCUGAAGUAGAGCUCGGCUGGAAGGCAAAGUAUGGCAUAGAUGACAUGUGUAGAGAUCAAUGGAAGUGGGCAAGCCAGAAUCCAUGGGGGUACCAGGGAAAGCCUUGAGGCCGCCCUGAUACAUGGUCUUAUUUUUCCGAUUUUAUUAGCAUCUCUAAGUUGAAGUCAUGGUGUCAAUAAGUAUUAUUUUGGUGAACAGAAUAGCGAAUGGAAGCUGUAGUAGUGAUCCCAAAUGUAAUUUGGUCAGUCCUUCUGACUUCCUCCUUUGAUGGUUAAAUCUCAAAUUGCACCUGCAUUUGUUUCUAUGAACUCAACAGUCUGUCAACAGUUGCAACGUUUUCACAAAACUUUAGAGGUCCCAUCAAAUUAUCUUCUUUGUUUUGAAAUUUUGUACUAAUCACCUAAUAAUCAAGCCAUAAUCAAAUGUUAUGUUCACAUGUUGGGAGUUUCAUGUGUCUGCAAAUUUUGGGUUUGGGUCAUUCAAUGUAAUAAUUCAUCAUCACUCUCGUAUCCGUCUUUUUGUAGUUUUAACUGAAAAUAUUUUAGAAUUUGUAGCUCCAGAAAUUAUCUUGUAUGUGAAACGUUAAUAGAUGAUCAUCAACUAAAAUGUUCCUAAAUAACAAUAUUUGUCUUAAAAUUCCUAGCAAUGGGAAGACUUGUGAUUGUUGCUAGAAAAUGCCCACUUAACUAAACUGUGACAGAAUCUGUAAUUGUUUCUUUUCAAGCAAAAAUUUAACAGUCAUCAAAGAAAAAUGUCAGUCG